AUGAAUGCGCUCCGUUCUAUGUACGAGGACAAGGAAUUCACAUACCGUUAUUCAGAUCGCCUUGUUCGAAUUGCGGAGACUGCCGGGCCCGCGGGCGUGCCAAACGCCACAAACUCAAACACAAAUAACGACAGGCCAGUGCCUGUUGUAGUGCGAAAGAAGAGGAAGAAUCGGGUGCAGAUGGAAAUCCGUGUUCUGCAGAGGACAACAAAUCUGCUAUUACGACGAGCCUCCUUCGCACGUGCGGUGCGGUCUAUAGCCCAGCGGACGCGCAUCGAGUCGGCGCUGACCCUACGCUGGCAGGCGUUGGCGCUUGACUGCCUUCAGGAGGCCGCCGAGGCCUUCCUUGUAGACCUCUUCUCGUACGCGGCGUUGGCGGCUGCCCACGCGAAACGCGUCACGGUGAAGCCUGUGGAUCUGCAUCUUGUCUGCAGGUUCAUCCAUUUCCUGCAGUGA